GACGGCGGAGCCUGGGGGGCUGCCGUCUAUGGAGUCGCACAGAGUCGGACACGGCUGAAGCGACUUAGCAGCAGCAGCUGCUGCAGUGAACGUCCCUGUACAUGUAUGUUUGCUUACACCUGCAAAUGUUUCUGCAGUAUGGAUUCUUAGAAGUGUUACUGUGGAAUCAAGGGCGUGUGCAUGCUUUGCCAAAUCGCCCUCUGAAUGGUUGAACCUGGUGCUUCUUCAAAAAGGUGGGAGUGGUGGGUGGAAAACUUCAGGCCUCCGAGCAGCAGGCGGCGCUGUGAGCGCCCGUCCGCGCCAGUGGCGAGGCCCAGCUCACGGACUUCCGCUGGAGGAGUUGGCGCAGGCCCGGCAGAGCUGACAACAGAGGUCGAGCGAGCGGUGGGGCGCGAUGCCGUACGCCAACCAGCCCACAGUGCGGAUCACGGAGCUCACCGACGAGAAUGUCAAGUUCAUCAUCGAGAACACGGACCUGGCGGUGGCAAAUUCUAUCCGGAGGGUCUUCAUCGCUGAGGUGCCCAUAAUAGGUAAGCGACCCCAGUCUCGUUGCCAGGGCUACCGGGCCUCUCUCCCCCCACCCCACUCCUCCCCUUGCCUUGCAGCUCCUGCCCCGAGCCUUGGUUUGGGCGAGGGAUUGGGAGCGCUAAGAGGACAGUCGUGCUGGAGACUUGAUCGGGCCCUUUGCCCUUGGCCCAGGCCCACUCUGGCCACCUCUCUGGCUCCCACGGGCUAUUUAGUUCCAUUCUUUUCCGUGCGUUGGUGACGCGCAUGGGCUCAGGAGUCUGUGGACUGGGACUCAGAAACUGUUUUCACUUA